CGACCAAUUGCUUUAAAACGACGUCGGAAUAGGGAAUAAGAGGAUGUGGUAACCGGGAUCAACAUCACCAGCGUUGCAUUACGCAUCAUGAUUGGUGUCUGGGACCUGCACAGCGGCUGCUAGCUUCUCAUUUAAGGAGAGUGGUUGAAGAGCACAUCACAGAGAGAACAGCUGAGAAGAAUCCCCUCGCAAAAUGACUGAAACGGAGACCAUGAUCCAGCACGCCAGCAGCAGCAGGCAACAGAGCGGAGAUGCCAUGACAGCAACAUCGACGGUGGAGGACGUUUUUGACGACACGUACAGAGAAAAAGAGGGUCCGAAACCACCGAGGAGGCUGGUGUGGAGAAACAUCAUACUGAUGUCGCUGUUACAUAUCGGAGCGCUUUAUGGACUGAUUCUCAUUCCCACAGCGUCGCUUUUAACCGUUGCAUGGUCUGUAGUGUGCUUCCUCAUCAGUGCUCUUGGUGUGACUGCUGGUGCACACAGACUAUGGAGCCACAGAUCCUACAAGGCUUCCUUUCCUUUGCGAACUUUCCUCGCUCUUGCCAAUUCCAUGGCAUUUCAGAAUGACAUCUACGAGUGGGCUCGGGACCACCGUGUCCACCACAAGUACUCUGAGACAGACGCAGACCCCCACAAUGCCAUGCGGGGCUUCUUCUUUGCCCACAUUGGCUGGCUGCUGGUGCGCAAGCAUCCCGACGUCAUUGAGAAGGGCCGCAAACUGGACCUGUCUGACCUGAAGGCAGAUACAGUGGUUAUGCUCCAGAGACGGUACUACAAACUUUCGGUGGUGGUUCUGUGUUUCCUGGUUCCCAUGUUGGUGCCCUGGUACCUGUGGGGUGAAUCCUUGGUUGUGGGAUACUUCCUCCCUGGACUCCUGAGAUACACGCUGGUGCUCAACGCUACCUGGCUGGUGAACAGUGCCGCACACAUGUGGGGAAACAGGCCUUACGACAAGACCAUCAACCCUCGAGAAAACCCAUUUGUUUCCUUCAGUGCCGUAGGGGAGGGUUUCCACAACUAUCACCACACAUUCCCCUUUGACUAUGCCACCAGCGAGUUUGGCUGCAGGCUGAAUCUCACCACUGCCUUCAUAGACACCAUGUGCUUCCUGGGUUUGGCCUCGGACUGCAAGAAAGUAUCAAGGGAAGUCAUCUUGGCUCGGAUGCAGCGGACAGGUGACGGCAGCAACAAAAGUGGCUGAGUGACACGAGCUGCAGAUUCUCGAACAGAUACCAACUCGUCAAACCAAGAAAGAGAAUUGUAGAGUUGGAACCGAUCUGAUCCAAUAUCGGUCGCCUGUUGGGUGCUGAUACUGACGUAAUUCACUCAUCGGAUAUCGGACUGACAUUGCCGAUCCACAUACCGAUCCAGAUUCCAUUGUCUGAUGUUUUUAUAAAGGUAAUAUAAAUAUGUAAUGAUGCACCUUUAAGUGCAACAUUUACGCCCAGAGCCAAAAUGUUGUAGCACACCAUUAGUAAUUAAACAGUUCUUCAAAGUAGCCCCGGUAUUUUAUUUUAUUUUUUUGUUUUUGUUUUUGUUUGGAGUUAGAUGUGUAGGCGGAGCUCGCUGUCACUAGCUCCAUCAGCCUGCUACUGAUGGAGCUAGUGACAUUUGGCUAAGAAGGGCUGUGUAGUUUACUCAUGUAACCUUACACACAAUACCAACAGCAACAAAAACUUAUAAAAUGAAUAAUAAUAUUUAAGAAAAAAAAAGAAUUCUGGUAUCGACGGUUACCCAAAUUCAGGUAUCGGAAUUGGAUCGGAGCUGAAAAAAGUGGAUCGGUGCAUCUCUAGAACGUAGCAACAGUAAUAGCAGCAUUUUGGUGGGGCAGUAGUGGCGGAGUGGUGAUUACCUUUGAGCAUCUCUGGUUCCUUUUACGAGUUAAAGUUAAACCUGUUCCUGAGACUAAUAUUGGCUAGGCCUUUCCAUAAAAUGUGUGAAGUUUUAUUUAUGUUUUGAAACUAUUGCCGCAGCCAGCAACUCGGCUAGGCACGCAAAGCACUGCUUUUCACCGUAAUAUUCAAAUAAGCACUUAGGAGGAUGAAGUCGGCCUGUACGCCAACCAAAUAAGUCUGUGACCUGUGUGUCAAAGCAGUGAUUAGAGAAUAUUAACCUCUUAUUUAUUCAUCUGCUAUUUAUUAAUACUCUGGCACUUUGAAAUCUUUAGUGAAAACCGUAAUGGGGAGGUUUCUUUACAGGUAAGAUUUAAUUAUGUGUCUGUUCGAUUAGGGCUUUCUUGUUCUCACUUGUCAGGAUCGAUCGGUAGUGCUUUGCUUUGUUCCUGGGUGGAGGGUGGAGUUGAAUCUUGACAAUAGUUUUUUUUAGUUAAACUUCUCUUUAUCUUUGGUAAGCCGGUAGUCUUACUAAACCAUAAGCUGCUGUGUUUAAGGCCGACGACCAGACAGUCAACAUAUUCCAGAGCUGUUCUCGACACUGGAUGAGUGCGGUUCAGCUGUGUCGUACUUUGUGAUAAUUACAUACUAGUCAUCUCCUGUCCAAGGUGCUCUUAAUGAAAGUCUUCUUCCUAGAGGAUCUUAUGAUUUGUGUGUUCACAAUGUAUACCUCUUGUUGAGUAGUGGAGGUGCCUGUGGCUUCUGCGUAAUGGCUGAAGCCAGGAUGGUCCACCCCCUUCACCGAGAAAACCUCUGCGCCGAAACAGAGAAACAGGCUUCUCACUCUUCAUCCAAGAAAGAGAGAAUUGCUUGCUUUUUUGCAUUCGGUUGAAAAUGAGGCAGACAUAACUGUCUCCGGUCUCCCUCUCUUUCAGACAAAGCCGAUGAGACAUGUUUAGCAGGUGCAUUUCCUUAUGUCUUGUCUUAUAUUAUUGAAGCAUUUGUCAGGACUUGCCCAAAUGCCUUAUCAGGGUGAUGAACUUUCCGGUUGCACAUCUAGGCUCACCUGUCUAAAAAAAGACAAAUGCAACUUGCAGAAAUGAAUUAGGGCUUAAAAUUGCUGUCCAGUCCCACACGAGUUGUGACUGUCUGCUAUUUUUACGAAAUAAUAGAAAAAACUGAAAUUCCUUAUACAGUAUAAGUAAGAAUGAAUGAGAGGGACCUCUCAACGGAAAUUUGGUGGGUAAUGAUGAAUCAACUUUUGCAUAAGUAAGCAGAUCCAAACUUGUUACUGUCUCAUUAAUGACAUUGUUGUAAUAUUUGUCACACUGGCUCUUUUUCAGUGCAAUUAUUUUUACAGUGUUAACUUCUUGAAGUUUGAAUGCCUUAAAAACUGGCACAUUUUUUCAAGGAAUGUUUUUUGCCCACUGUAUGUACCGUAAAUAAACCAAAUUUUCUACUUGUGGGAAA